GCCGGUGUUUACACAUGUUUGCUCUUUCACAUGCUGCCCCUUUUUCGAACUUGCUAACAUGUCCAGCAAGAAAAGCAAAAACAAAUCAAAGCGCUUAAAUGAAGGCGAAGAUUCGACCAACUCGGAUACAAAAAGCAGAAACUAUUUCAACGUCAUUGAUUUCAUUGAGAACGCUGAGGACAAAACACCCAAAAUCUGCAGGUCAUCCUUAGCCCAGCUGAGCCUCAACUCCUUAAAGUCAGCAGGCGUCAGCAUCGGCAGGCCGGUCCUCCUGACCAGUCCAGGAAGCGGAAGACAGGAGGUAUGUCUGGGAUGGCCUGCCGCCACCUUCCCUGCCGGGAAAGUGGGCCUUCACGUGUGUGUCCAGAACAACCUGAAAGUGAAAGGCGGGGAUGAAGUGAUGCUGCAUCCUCUGACGGGUCCUGUGCUUCCUGCUGAGGAGGUCGUUCUCUCUCCCAGGUCCAAAGAUGAAAAACUGGACACGGACCAGUUCAGGAGCUUCCUGAUCAAUUCUUUAGUUGGCAACAUCAUUCUUCCAGGAAACGUCCUUUUUCUAACCUACUUUGGACGCCCCUGCAACCUUUUUAUCGAAACCGUAAAAGGCGAGGAUGGCAGCGCCCCCCAGAGGCCCCCUCAUCGUCUGUCUUCCUCCGCCCCAGAUAAAGAGUCAUGGUCCACCAUGAACUCCGUGCUCGAUUCCACCCCCGCAGACCUUUCCUUGCAGCUCAGCCUGCUCACUGUAGAUGACAGCAGGGGGCCAUGCGCCACCCCCACGGCGAGCACCCCGCACAAACCCACCUCCCUGCCGUCCCUGUCCUCACCCACGUCACCCACGUCUCCCAUAUGUGAUGCACAUAACCCCCCUGCAGACUCUGAGGAGACCACCACCAGUGUGGAGGGUUCCUUCAGCACCGAGCAGGCCAAGAAAGCCCCCACAGCCCCCUCUGCUGGCUGGUCGAGCACUGACACCUUCUACCGCCUAUGCAGCACCACCAAAGUCACCUUUAGAGGAAUGACGACGACGACGAAGCAGGAAACACACGCUAAAGAAGCGAAGAGGUCAAAGGUCACGUACAGCAUGAUUGGCGGCCUGAGCAGCCAGCUGGAGGUCAUCAGAGAAACCAUAGAACUUCCUCUCAAACACCCUCAACUCUUCUCCAGCUAUGGCAUCCCCCCUCCAAGGGGGGUCCUCCUGUACGGACCCCCUGGCACGGGAAAGACGAUGAUCGGAAGAGCCAUCGCCAACGAGGUGGGCGCUCACAUGACGGUGAUCAACGGGCCAGAAAUCAUGAGCAAGUUCUACGGGGAAACCGAAGAAACACUCAGGCGAAUAUUCACCGAGGCAUCUGAGAGAACACCUUCAAUCAUCUUUAUUGACGAACUGGAUGCUUUGUGUCCCAAACGAGACGGCGCCCAAAACGAAGUGGAAAAACGAGUCGUCGCUUCCCUCCUGACUCUCAUGGACGGGAUCGGUUCCGAAGGUCAUUCAGGACAGCUUCUGGUCCUGGGGGCCACAAACCGGCCCCAUGCCCUCGACCCCGCCUUGAGGCGACCAGGCCGCUUUGACAAAGAGCUGGAGGUUGGAGUUCCCAGCCCCGCCGAACGUGCCGACAUUUUGCAGAAGCAGCUGGCUUCCGUGCCGUGCGACGCCACCGCAGAGGAGCUGACACGCCUGGCUGACGCCGCCCACGGCUACGUCGGGGCCGACCUGGCGGCUGUUUGCAAGGAGGCAGGUUUGCACGCACUGAGGCGAGCGAUUGGAUCAUCCAAUCAGCCGACGGACCAGCAGCUGACGGGCAAGGUGACCGUCACUUUAACCGAUCUGCAGCGGGCCAUGACACUGGUGAAGCCCAGCGCCAUGAGGGAGGUCGCUAUCGACGUGCCCAAGGUGCGCUGGACAGACGUGGGCGGCAUGGAGGAAGUGAAGCUGAAACUGAAGCAGGCAGUGGAGUGGCCCCUGAGGCACCCCGACGCCUUCACCCGCAUGGGCAUCCAACCACCCAAAGGAGUCCUGCUGUACGGACCACCGGGCUGCUCCAAGACCAUGAUCGCCAAGGCUCUGGCCAACGAGAGCGGACUCAACUUCCUAGCGAUCAAAGGGCCGGAAUUACUCAGCAAGUAUGUUGGCGAGUCGGAAAGAGCCGUCAGAGAGGUGUUUCGGAAGGCGAGAGCCGUCGCUCCGUCCGUCGUCUUCUUCGACGAGAUCGACGCCCUGGCCGGCGAGAGAGGAAGCCCCUCGGCAUCGGGCGGCGUGGGCGACAGGGUGCUGGCGCAACUCCUGACAGAGAUGGACGGCAUCGAACAGCUCCGCAACGUCACCGUGCUCGCCGCCACCAACCGUCCGGGCUUGAUCGAUAAGGCUCUGAUGCGUCCUGGUCGUCUGGAUCGUAUCGUUUACGUGCCUCUCCCAGAUGCUGCGACCCGAAGAGAAAUAUUUCGCCUCCAGUUUCGAAACAUUCCCGUGGGCGAAGACGUGUCUGUGGACCACCUGGUGACUCGCACGGAAAAGUACUCUGGAGCCGAGAUCACCGCCGUGUGCAGAGAGGCGGCCCUGCUGGCCCUGCAGGAGGACAUGACGUCUCAGCACGUGGACGUCAGACAUUUUGAGAGCGCCCUCAAUGUGGUCAGGCCACGCGUCCCCGACGCUCUGCUGCGCUCGUACGUCGACUACCAGCAGAGGAACAUCGCCAUGGACCCCGCCCCCUCAUUCCUGAUGGCUUCUUAGAAGCACAUCGUCCCGUCAUAACUCAUCAUGAUUGGAUUCAAACAGGAAGAAGAAGAAGAGUCAUUACGGUGAUCGUGUACAUUAGUCACACACGUGUGUAUUUUUUUAUGUAUUGGCAACGUAAUAAAUAUGUUUACGUUCCAGCUGGAUAGCUCGGCAUUUUUAACACAUGCAAUAAAUCAUGUGAUGGCAUGGCGAGCCCAUGUACUUCCUGUAUCUGAACAUACAAACAAUUAUCUUUUUAUUAUUAUUACUAUUA